GUUUCGUCCAUUGGUCCAUAGUAAAAAAAAAAAUACCAAACGAACUCACACUUUAAAAAUUCAUAGCUCAAAAAGUACUUAAGCUAAAAAGUUGAUUCUGUUUUCAUUUUUUUAUUUGAAACUUGCUGUAACUGUAACUAUGUUAUUUAAAAUAAUUAUUUCAAUUUUUUUUAAAUUUUGUAUUCAAGUGCCUACAUUUAGCGACAUAAGUUCGUGGGUCACGAUAACCAAGAUGGCGGCCGCGGGCUGAUCUCUCCGAAUUUACCCUUAUUUUAAUUCAAAAAGAACAUUUGUUUUAUGGGAAGUGUUAAUAAUAAUAAUUUUUGCGGUGAAUUAAAAUUGAAGUAUCCACUUCUGAUAUCGGGUCCGAAUAGCCGCAGCCAAACUUUUCAUUACAAUUACAGAUAGACAGUAGCCCAUUUACCGCCAAAAAAAAAAGCAACUUUGAUCUUGAAUAUUGAUUGAUGUCAUGUUAAUGAUUAUAGCAAUAUAUUUAAAAUAGAAUUAAAAAAUACAUAAACGUAUUAUUACUUGCUUUUAGCUGUACGUCACAUUGAUCUUGGUGUUUCUUAAGCUCUAAAGGAAAGUCUUCAAAAUAUGGCAAAUUUCUCGAUUGAUAAUAAUGGCUCUAAGAUGGCAAACCAACAGGAAGUAUCCGUCAUAACCAUCACGUGACCAACCAAAUGUAUAGAUCUCACGUGACCAGCCGGGUCCGAAUAGCUAUUUGCUGCUAUAUCUUCCCGGGUACCUUAUGGCCACUCCGAUUAUUUUUUUUAAAAACACCGAUUGCCACGCUGGUAAGCUACUUCAAAGUAAUAGGAAAAAUCGAUGACUAUUGAUGUCUUGUUUUUUCCAAUGAACUUAAUAUUUUUGGAUCCCUUGUAAAUAAAAAUGGGGUAACACAAAAACAUGAUCAUUUUAAGUCAUAGAAAUUUUAUUUAUUGAAUAUUUGUAAAUAAAAAAGUUGCCCUACUUUAUCCAAGUGUAUGUAACACGUAUAAUCAAUAAUUUUUUCAAUAAAAUAAUUUAAAAUGUUCAUAAAAUUGUUAUUAUAACAAAUGAAUAAUAUAACAUAUUCAAAUCAAUUUAAAAUAUUAAUUUCACAUAAUAUAUGUAUUAAUUUUUAUAACGGAUAUUUUUUAAAAUUAUCUGGUAAUGACUGUGAAAACGAAAGUUAAGCUCUAGUAUCUCCCAUAAUUCUCUUGUGACGUCAAUAUAUCGAAAUUACUUGUAUCCCUCUAGGGCGAAUUGAGGUGUGGUUCAUUGAUGUGAGUGAUAAAAACACAAACAUAGGUGAUCACAAAUAUAAUUACAGGUACUUAGGCCAUGCUUUACCUUUAUGCAUCUAUUUUAUUAUUGUAACAGAGUUGAUUUUUUUUAAAAAUUGAACAUUCGCUAAAUGUCAAUAUUUAAUAUGAAACAUUGUGGAGUUUUAGGAACCGCUACUAAUGUUCAUCUUUAUUCAUUUCCGCCUUCGUGAUUCUGUAUGGCGGAGACCCGGUUAUUGGAUUUAUGUCUUAGUAGCAUUCUAGUGAUUUUACUCAGCGUUCGGGGCGCACUGUUUGCAACGUAGUCACGAUGAGUUCCACUUUAAUGAACUCUUAGUCGUCUUAGUCCUGUCUAUUUUUCUGGAUAAUUUUUUGCAAUUUUAAAACUGGUGUUCGCCAUUUUGGAUGACGUCAUACAUGGCACCACACAGAAGCAUUAAAAAAGAAUUAUUUUUAAGAAACUACACAAGCAAUAAUCAAUGCAUUGAUGAUUAAUUAUGCUAAAAAUACUUUCUCUAUUUUUGGCAUACUUAAUUAUAACUUAUUUGAAUGUUAAAUAGGAGUCUGUAACUGUAUAUUUUUUGGGCCCAGAUGAGUUAUAUUUUAGUAGUGUACUCAGUUCAGUUAACUCAGAGUAGUCUACAUUUAUUAUCAUUCAUUAAAUUAAUUCAUUAAAUAUGAAAAAUAGUAAAUAGUCUGAAUAGACCUAGCCGAAGCCCAAGGCACUAACUAAAAUUAAAUUAAGGUAGGCACUUGUGUAAUUCAAGGGAGUCUACUAUUAAAAUUCGGAGUGUCUACACGUCCGGCGCACCGGACAAAUAGUGCAUGUGAUAUACGCCUGGAAUUGCUUUACUCUUACGAUUUUGGCGUACUAUGUACGAUUUUGAGGUGUUAGCAUGUAUACUGUGUUUAUUUUUAGCAACAGUAGUUUUCUGAGAAGUUUUAAAAUACGAAGUGGUUAUGCGCAGCCGACUGCGUAUAACCCUGAGAGUUAUACGCAGUCGGCAAGUCACAUGACGUCUAUAUUCUUCCUGUGUUACAGUAUCAAUCAAUAAGGGUGCAUUGCUAUCGGGGUGACUGUGUGGUCGAAUGGUCUAAACUGACCAAACCUCAAGUUGGUGGUCUGGAGUUCAAUUCCAGCCAACGGCAAACCAUGAAUGUGCGUUAGUUGCUAUGCUUUUUCUCGAGAAUGAAGCAACAAUUAGGCUAAUUUUAUACUUUUUUUUUGGCUAAAGAAUGUUAAAACAUGAGAAGAAUUAUUAACUUGACCAAUGUAAUGUUAAUAAUGUUAUACUUAUAAUUAUAUGUUUGUGUUGUUAAAUAAUUUUGUGGCAGAUAAAAUCAUGUUUCACUGGUACAGUAAUAAAAAUAAUCAUGGGUUGAGAGUAGCAGGAAAAAAAUCGCUGUAGUGUAGGGGCAGGGGUUCUGUAGAGGGGGCAGUGUAAGUCAUACUUUCACACAGUUAUAGUUUUGCAUGGAAGCUGAAAACUGUUACAUUUAGGUCAUCAAAAAAAAAAUAAAUAAAUGAUAAAAUUUAAAAAAAGAUAAAUAGAAUGUAUUUCCUGAAUUAGUCAGUAAAACCAACCACAUAGUCAUAGCAACAUAUAAAAACCUAAUCAAUCAAAAUACAUAACUAGACUUAGACCAUGGAAAUGCCUUUAAAAAAUCUAAAACUUAGGUUUAGACUCUAAGAAAUGUAGACUUUGACUUAUACUUAUAAUUAUAAUAUAUAAGAUACAAGCAAUAAUACUAAUAAUAGCACUAAUACUAAUAGUAUUGCUAUAAUCAAUUUCAAUAUAAUUAAAAUUAAUUCAAUUAAAAUUUUACGUUAAACACAUAAAAAGUUCUAGUUCAAAACAAUCCAUAAUGCAGCUAAUUACGCAUAACACUUUUUUUAAAUUGCCAAACAAGCGAUUGCUAACCUUAUUUGGCUAAAUUCCUAGCCGACUGCGUAUAACCCUGAGAGUUAUACGCAGUCGGCUGUGAAUAACCCUCAGGGUUAUGCGCAGUCGACUGCGUAUAACGCUUCCCUUUAAAAUAUUUUGUAGCAAUUUAAAUUGAAAUCUUUUACUUUUAUUGGUUGCCUACUCCAUACUGGCCCCUAAUUUAUUUUAUGGAUUGCUGGUGCACAAACUCAAAUAACAAACUAAACAAAAAUGUUUACAAGUCACUUUCACUUUUUCUAUUAUUUGCAUGCAAGAUACUCAGCAAAUUACUUGGCAGAGAAAUAGAUUUUAAAAUUAACAAUAGUUUUGAAUCAUUCGCAGUCACGUGACAAGGCUGAGAGACAAAAUAUCUCUCGCCACUUUGUUACAGGGGUCAUGUGACUUGGUCGCCUGACAAAUAGUGCGAGAGAUAUACGUCCCGCGCGCCGGACAUGUAGACACUGCCAUUAAAAUUUGUAUUGGAAAUGAGUCAGCACAGAAAAAUCAUAGGCAUAUGAAUUUCUAAUUUUUGAAGAAUAGUGAUAAGGAUUAUUUUAUCUUAAAUAUAUAUAACUUGGGUGCCCUGAUUCAGCCAUAUCCCAUAGAUUUUUUUUUUUUGUAUGAUUUGUACGACUUUUGGACAAUCCUUAUCAAAAUGAGGCACCUUAUAAACCAAAUCGAAAUGUAAGAAUUAAGACAUACCCAUUUCAUCUUUUAUAUUCUGAUUUAGUGUACUAUUAUUAUUUCCAAUUUUCACUGCACUGGGCUUACUCAUGUAGGCACAAUGCUCCUCAACGUUAGCUGAAUCUGUGGAUGCAUUCGCCACCCCUUUCGUAGUAGAGGGAUUUUCUAAUCUGCUCCGAUUUACAUAUUCUAUUUAUUUAAUUGAGUUUAGGCUUAGGGCACAAACAGUAGAAUAGUUUUAAGGUACUGUAGGCACUUUCGUAAAGAAAUUAAAAAGUUCCCAAAAGUUAUAAAAAUGUUACAGUUGUAUAGAAUAUAGUUCAAACUUCAAAUGAAGAUAAUGUAAUCAGAAUUGACUUUUCUAACUUUUUGAGCUAUGAAUUUUUAAAAUGAGUUCUUUUGUAAUUUUUUACCAUGGACUCUGGACUGCACCUCCACAUUUUCUAACCCAAAUCCGCUGAUCGUGCCAUGCGCAAUAACUCUUUGUUUUAAUGAUAAUAGUAUACAACUUUAAUUUUAUGUGUAUUAAAAUUUCUUAUUUUAUAUCUACAUUAUAUAUAGCCAAUGUAGUAAGGCGUCCCCUUAAAAAUAAUACUGGUUUGUACUACUUAUUAUGAGCUUUCAUUUUUAUUUUUGCACAUGACUAAUUAAUUAAAGCUUUACCUGACCAAUGAUGUAAAAGCUUUUGCACACAUUGAUCUCUUAUGAAUGAAAAUAUGAGAAUAAUACUAUGGGGUUGUCCAUUUAUCACGUCACAAUAUUUUACACACACACACAAACACACACCCCCCCCCCCCAAAAAGAAUUAUAAUAUAAAUAAAUUAUAAAUACAUUUUACUUUGUGCUGAUCUAUUUAAAUGACACAUAAAAUGGUAAGGAAAACAUUUUAUUACAUGUUUAGCUUGUUAAUCAACAAGUUAAAAAGUUUUUUUAAGCGAUUUGAAAAUUUGCACACAUGUAGAUCAAUAUAUACCCAUAAGAGCCAUAAUAAAAAUGACACUGGCACAUAUUUCAUUUGAACUUAAUUUAAGGCAACUUUCAUCAUUAAAAUUGAAUUACUAUCUUGCACCAUUGUGUUCUUUUUCUGGUCUUUCGCUCUAAAGGACACAUUGGCUAAAAUUUUAAAAACAUCUUUUCAUUUGCUAUCAGUCAACUUUGAGAAAAUCCAAGGUGAAAAUAAGGCAACUUUCAUCAUUAAUUUUCAAGCAGAUACUUAGGAAAUAUUAACUUAUAACCAUUUGCGUCAAAAAAUUUGAUAAUUUAUUAUUAGAAUGAACACAGAAGGCAUGUAAACAAUUUAUUUUGACAUUCAAACCCUAGGAGAGUCCAUAUUAUAAAUUAUCAUAUAAUCUGCUGUGUACAGUCGUUGUUAUGGGGAACCAUUCAGUCAUUAGCAUAUGAAUAUAGUAAAGUGUUAUCAGCUUCAUUCAUAAUAGAUAACUGUGUGCAAACACUAUUAAGCCAUUGGUUGGUUAAAGCUUUAGGUAAUUAGUGGUGAGUCAAAGUUGAAUUCUAAAUAAGUAGUCCUUAUCCAGUAUUUUUCAUUAGAGAAUGUGAUGCCUUAUUUCAUAUUUAUAUAUAUAUAUAGAGAGAGAUGGAUAUAUAUAUAUAGAUAUAUAUUGUUUAUCCUCAUUUUCUAAUGCAGUUAGGAAACAUCUAAGUAUGUCAUAAUAUCCAGGAUGUGUUUUUAUUAAUGUUUUGACAUAAACAUAGUAGCCCUAGAUCAGAGACUAAAGGUAGCUAGUAGAUACAGACUAGACUGACUAGAAUUUGGGUAUUUGAACAAUGAUGUCCUUUGUACAUAAAAGUAAAAGAAUUUUUAAAACUUGUCAUCCACUGUAAAAGCAAUGUUUAGGGAAUUUUUAGAUAGUCCUAUAGUUAGGAUAUACAUGUUAGCGCAUUUCACAAUAGUGUCUAAUAAAUCAAGGCUAAGGAAACAUUUUCUUUUUUCCCCUUUUGUAAUCCUGUUUCUUUGACUGGAAUAAACUUUGGAUCGGGAACUUUGUUCCAUCACUAGGCACAUCAUAAGAAUUUACCCUGCAUAGAAAUUGACCAAAUAUCACAUGUACUUUACUUAGUUACAAAUGCGUGUUUAAUCAUACCAACAGUAAGGUCAGGCAGGAAUGUGUUCAACAACUGCAGCAAGGAUUUUGAAAUUUAAAAUUUGAUAACUGGUCUCACAAGUUAUCAGUAUGAAAUUUUUAAAUUGUUCCCCAACUUUUUUUCUUCAGAUAACCUAAGUGCCAGCCAUGGCAGCGAUAAGAAAGAAGCUUGUUAUUGUUGGUGAUGGUGCCUGUGGUAAAACGUGUCUACUGAUAGUUUUUAGUAAAGAUCAAUUUCCUGAAGUUUAUGUGCCAACUGUUUUUGAGAAUUAUGUAGCCGACAUAGAAGUUGAUAGCAAGCAGGUUUGUCAAAUUAUUUUAUACAUUACUGUUUUAGAGAUGGCAAUAUUUUAAAUUUCAAUUGAUAAGGGCGGAAAAUUUAAAACAAGAAGUGUACUUGUAAACAUAAGUGCAUUGGGAAAUAUUAUUCCAAAUUCAUUUGGAUUUAAAUGUUGCCAUCAUAUUAAGUUAUUGUCAAUGAUUUGUACAUAAUUACAUAUGUGCUACUUUAUUCUUACAUCAUUUACUUGUAUUUGAUUUACUUAUUUAAAAUGUGUUUAAAAUUUUCACUGCACAAAAGGACCCCUGAACGCUUUUGUAUUGCCAAUACUCUGUUUUUUCCCAACCAAAAUAAAAGAAUUUUUCCAAGGAGCUUUUUUUUGCUCUGAGACCGCAGAAUGAGAAGGCGUUUUCUUUUCCUGACUUUUGAAAAUAUAAAAGGAAUUUUGAAUUUCCAUUUUUGGUGAGUGGAUAAAAGUUUUAGCAUGAUUUUUUUAGAUGCCUAAUGGACACGGAUUUUUUUAAGUAUAUUAAAUUCUAACAUAGGCCUACAAGUUCCAAAUAGCAGCUUCCUUUUUUUAUUUCUUGUAACAACCUUGUAAUGAAAUAUUUGAAUACUUCUGCCUUUAGUAAAGAUCUCUUUUCGUCCUUAGCUUAAAAGCCUAAUCUGCAUGGUGUUGCUUCAUUCCUUUUUUUUGUCUGCCUGUCUGGAUUUACUGAGACAAUGUAGAUUUCAUCUGUUUGUUUUUUUGUUUUUUACUAAUGAAUAUAGCUCUUAAAUAGCAUGUAAUGCAAUGGUACAACUAACAAUCUUGAUAAAUUAAAAGAAUAAUAAUAUGCCUUCAACUUAUUAGACAUACUCUGAAUUUUUGUUUUAGCAUAAUAUUUUAAAAUAACUUGAUUGGGUCAUGUGUUUUCCAUUUGGUGAUGUGUGGGGUGGGGGAUAUGAGAUAAUUUGUUGAAUUUCACUAUUUAUGAAAACAUAAUGUUAUUUUAACUUGGGUCGCAUUUAGCCUCUAACCACCAAGUGCAUCUUUUUAUUUUCUAUAGCUUGUUAUUUACCACUCUUUUACUAUAGGUAUAAAAGUAUUUGCAUUUUUUAAAAAAACAAUUGGGCAUUUUAAAACAAAAAACCAGAAUAGUCUAAAUGACACAGUAUUACUCAAAACCAUUCUGAAGUACAUUUUUAAUUAGAAUUAUCAAGGAUUAUAAAUUUGGACAUCAGUGUAUGAAAUAGGAAAAAACUAUGAUGAAUCAGUACACUUAAGAGUUGACUUUGUUUGUGUUUCUGUAAAAGGAAUAUUCUUAAGCAACUAUAAAUGGUCAAUUGGGAACAUGCAAGCUAGCAAUCUAGUUAUUGAAACUUCCUUACCAUGAUUGAAUACUAAUUUACUUAAAAUUUAGCAACUCAGAUUAUUAGAUUCAAUUAAUUAAAAUCAAUGAUUUUCACAUUUUGCUGUUCACUUCUUUAAGCCUCAUUCAUAUUCAGGCUACUAUUUAAUCUGCUAAAUAUUAUCAUUUUAAUGCUCUCAUCUCUCAACUUUUAUUGUUUUGAUAUCUUUUAUUGUUUUGUUCUUUUAUAUUGAAGUGGUAUUUCCUUAAAAAAGAAUUAAGUGGCUUGAGGUGAAUCAGUGAAUCUCUUAUUCACUUUCUCUUAUUAUGUAUUGAAUCUGCUACCAUUAUUAUUUUUUAAUUUUAUAUUUAUUAUACUAAGCUUCAUAUUUACAGCUUUUUUCUCUCUCUUUUUUUUUUUUUGUUGUUGCUGCUUCUUUUAAUUUAAAAUCAGCUCUUUUUUUCUAAGCUAUUUGUAUACUAUUUUUUUUUCAAAUUUAAUUUUAUUCACUUUCUCUUAUUAUGUAUUGAAUCUGCUACCAUUAUUAUUUUUUAAUUUUAUAUUUAUUAUACUAAGCUUCAUAUUUACAGCUUUUUUCUCUCUCUUUUUUUUUUUUUGCUGCUGCUGCUUCUUUUAAUUUAAAAUCAGCUCUUUCUUCCUAAGCUAUUUGUAUACUAUAUUUUUAUCAAAAUUAAUUAUUCUCCUAAAAAUAUGUUUUCUAUAAUUUGUAAAAUUCACUUAAGUCAAAAUUUGAUAUCCAGAAACAUCCAGGUUAAGAUGUAUGCUUAAUUUCUAUUAACCCUCAAUAUGCUGAUGCUUAGUUAUGGAAUUAUCAUACACUUUUUGAUAUCAUUGUAUAUUUCACUUUAAAUAAUGCUUAAUAUAGUUAUUUUGGUCCUGUUUCAGGUGGAGCUUGCAUUAUGGGACACCGCUGGACAAGAAGAUUAUGACCGUUUGCGACCAUUAUCUUAUCCUGAUACAGAUGUUAUCCUCAUGUGCUUUUCUAUUGAUAGUCCUGACAGCUUGGAGAACAUCCCUGAAAAGUGGACCCCUGAAGUCAGACACUUCUGCCCUAAUGUCCCUAUAAUUUUAGUUGGCAACAAGAAGGAUCUCCGACAUGACCAAGUUACAAUCAGGGAGCUGCAUAAAAUGAAACAGCAACCUGUGAAAUUUGAUGAUGGCAAGGGUAUGGCUGAAAGUAUCAAUGCAUAUGCCUACCUUGAGUGCUCAGCUAAAACCAAAGAAGGUGUAAGAGAUGUUUUUGAAACAGCUACACGUGCAGCACUAUCUAUUAAAAGAAAGGCCAGAAAAUUUAAAUGUUCUCUACUUUGAAGUGUGAGAAGAUGAACAGUUUAUCAUUCGGGAUUUUCUUUUUUUACCCUGAAUUUGUCUGGCAUUAGUGCUGCAGAAAGACACUUUCUAAUUUGAGCAUUUAACCUCAAUUAAGUAUACUCUCGUACUGUUUGGAUUCAUAAGUGUAAACACUUAAUUUGUUUAUGUAUGAACAUUUAAAGUCAAAUUUUUUUACUGAAAUGAAUAUACUAAAUUAGUUUGAAUUAUAAUUUGUCCCUUUUGGCUUGAUUCCUGAGCACACAGUGGGGUGUGUUAAUAGUAGUAGUAUUACUUUCAUAUUUUAUGCCUUAAAUGUUCAGAUUUUAAAGCUUUUAGAUAUUGGUGUUUCGAAUAUUUUUUUCCCAUUGCAAGGAAAUGAUUUAAGUGAACAUCAACUUUUUUCAUUUAAAAAAAAAAAAAAAAGUGCUUAUCUAUGCAAAAAAAAGAAAUGCAUAAGCUACAGUACUUGUAAAGCUUGAAGAAAAAAAUGUCUUUAGUUUAUCAUUCAAUUGACAUGUAGGCUUGAAUUUUUUGAUUUGUUUUUUUUUAAUUUGUUUGUUGUAUGAUGUCCAUGAUUUAUUUUAUUGUUAAUUCAAAAAUGUAUUUUAUCUUUGAAAGCAUAUUAACUCUCUUGUAUACAGCUUGUAAAUGAAUAGUUACAGCUCGACUUGUACUAAUUUCACUCUAAUUUGUUUUGAGGGGUUUUUUUUUGUUAAUAAAUUAUAGCAUUUAAAUUCAUUAAUAGCAUAUGAAUGACUAAUUAGUGAGAAGAAAAAAGUUUAGAACAAAAUUUCAAUUGAGAUUCUUAAUUGCAAAAGAGAUUAAAAAUGUACCGGUACCUAAAUACUUUUUUUUCCUGUGGAAACAACAAACUAUAGGAAUGGACAGGACCAGUUGAAACUCUUCACAUUUUUUACAAGCUGUAAAUGCCGGUAAUAAAAUGUCAUUACUAAAAUUUGAAGUAAGGCAUUCUGCUUAGGGAUUACAUUUAAUUUCAUCAGACAUAUUUCAAGAUGAUUACUUGAUGAUUCAUGCAUUUCAAUGAUUCAUGCAUUUCUAGUAAGGAAAUCAAAUUUAUUUUUUAUGUGAAAUUAACAAAUAUUAUUUUAAUUUUACAUAAGUGCUGGUCACUUUUAGAUUAAUUUUUAGGCAUUAAUGCCUUACACCCCUCAUUUAUUAUCAGGCCUUAACAAAGAUAUGUAUAUUUAAAUAGUACCUAUUCAUCAAUGUUAGUACUUAAAACAAAACUUAAAUUUUACAUAAAAAUAUUACCGCACGUGAUUGGUGUGUAAAACAUUAGUGGUUAUUGUUGCAAGUCUGGAUUCUGAUGUGAAUGAUUUUAUUGCUUUUAAGAUUGUAGGGAUGUGCCAAGGUGCAUUCCAUUCCGCCAUAAAAUACAUUAACCUAAGUAGCAUAAAAAUAUCCAAUCUGACUUUUGAUUACUUUGGGCACAAGACUGUAAUUCUUUAAUUCUAAUUAUUUUCUAUAUCUUUUGGCUAUACUAUAAUGGUACCAUAUGAAGAAUAAGGAAAUUGUAUGCAUGGUUGUUACUGUUUUUGUCACAUUUGUUUAAUCUUUGGUCUUGAGUCAUUCAGAUAAUCAGAUAAUUAAAUUCUAUAUAUUUAUCAUUGUAACUUAUUUUAGGGUCGACAAGAGAAUUUGUUUUAAAUAAUUUUUCACUCAAAGAAAAUAAUAUCCACUUUGCUUUUAAGUAUUUUGUUUUUAAAUUUUUUUAUUUUUUUUUUUUGUCUAGGCAUAAAUUCUCAAGCUACAGCCUCUUAGUCAGAAAAUAAAAGGUUAUCCUCCAUGUAAAUUACCACUACUUCAUUAUUUUAUUCUGGCACUUCUGUAUGUACGAAUGUUAUCAGGUUAUAAGAAUGUUCAAUUUAAUUAUGCAUGCCAUUUCAGCAUAAUUUGAAGAGAUACUUUUUUAAAAUUGAAUGAGUACCCGCUAGAUGGUUUAUCACCGGGUACCUCCAGUAACGUGAAAUCAACAUUUAACAUUAUCUUCUUCAAAAGCAAACAUUAAAGUCAUUUGAGUUAGACCACAGGUUCCCAACCUUUUUCAAGUCGGGACCCUAUUUUAUAGAAGCAGGGGAACUGUUCCUUUACAUAAAGGUAUUCAAAAAAUUAAUAAUGGAAUAGAAAUUUUUAUUGGAAUCCAUUGUUCUCAAAUACCGGCACAAUUAUCACAUGUUAAUCUUAAAAUCUUUAAAAUUAUAAUUUUUUUUUAUUACGGUAUGUUUUAGUUAACUAUUUCAGCCGGUUUCCGGAAAUUUUUUGAAAGAAAUUUCGGCGAUGGAAAAUUGAUCAAACUGAAGUUUAGUUUGAUCGAAAUCAAACUGAAGUUUAGUCGAAAAUAUUUUUUUUCAGUUCACACUUUUGAACAUACUAUACUAUUUAGUAAAACAAAAUAAUGCAGUCAAAAAGAAUAUGACGCAAAAUUUGAUUGUGUGAACUGAAACAAAAAUUUGAUCAAACUUACGUCAAUUUUCCAUCAGCAAAAUUUCAUCAAACAAAUUUCCAGAUGCGAUUUCAGCCUGUGGCCCCCACAGAAAAACCUCCAUGACCUUUUGGUUGAGAACCGGGAAAUAAACGAGUAAUAUGAUCUAAAUUAUUGUGUGAAUUCCUAGUGCUGCCCUGAGUGGAACAAGAUUUUAGCUGCCCCCCUUCUACAAAAAAAAAAAUACACCUUGCAGAAAUAGUAAAAGCUUCCUGAAUUAAAAUGUAAGACCUGAUCUCCAUUUUUUUUUUAUUAUUAUUAUUAUAAGUCAUUCCACAGAUGCAGACAUGUCUUACUGUCACUCUUUUUUGAGUUUCUGAAACUAUUUUAAUGGAGAGCAGGAGUUUUUUAAAUUAUUUUUCAUAUCAAGCUUUCUUUUGUUGUGAAUGUCAGUAAUGAGAAAAAUAUUGAAAAUAGAUUAUUGGCAUUACAUAUUAGGUUGAACUUAUUCAUGUUAGCAUUAUGUAGCCCAAAUUUAUCAAAUAUGUUAAGUGGGGUGGGUUUUUUUCCCUCUUAGUUGAAAGUUCGUCUGACAGAAUGCUAUCUUUCAUUCAAAAUUCUGCUGAAUUUACUAGCAACUUCCUGCAACAGUUUUAUGUUUUCUGUUUUACAUUUUGACAACAUUAAUGAAAUAUAAAUGAAGUUGUUUGAUUUAAUGUGCGCUGAUGUUUAUCUCUCCUUGUUUAUCAGAUAAUUCCAGCUGUAGUGUACAUUUUGUUAGCAUCCAACUAAUCCCGAUCAGUACUGCUAGACUUAGUUUGUUUUAUUGUUUUUUUAAAUAAAUAUGUAUAUGUAUUAUUUCUUUUCAAAUUGUGUCAAAAUUAAACCAUUUUCUUUGA